UAAAGGAGGGGCAAAGGGUAAAAUUUUCUUUAUGGAGGAGGCACAUCAUCAUUAAUUGAAUGUGAGUCGCACUAAUGGGUAAACUCAACCAACUAACUAACUGCCUGUGAAAACCUAAAGCUCCCCGGAAAGCGCAACCGGAGUUAGUCAUCGGCCGCCACACAGAAAAUCGCUCAGGCAUAUUCUCAGUUAAUGGAGAAAACAAAUAAAAAGCGCACGGGAAAAUUCCCUGAUAAAAAAAGUGGUACUUCAGAUUGCCUUGUCGGAUCUCCAGCCUGUGAUAAUCAACGUGAGGAUGAUGAUUGGGUUAUAGUUAAAAAGCAGAGAGUCAUCAUUCUGGUGCCUGCUGCACCUCUUAGUGAAGGAUCCUCAACAGAAAACGAAGAGCCGAAUCACAUCCAUCCUAUGCCACCUGUUACGUCAAGUAACCAUGAGGAACUUCCCGCCGAGCCACCUAAUGAAAAUCCUUCUUGUAAUGAACAAGAUAAGACCAUUUCAUUGGUUGUCCAAAAGGAGACUCGUACUGUAAGAAGAGCCUCCCCUCCCUUAUUACUUAAAUCACCUUCAGCCAAUCGACAUCAAGUGAGUAGCUUGAAGUCACAUAGAUUAGUUGGAGUAUCUCAUACAUCAAAAGCUAUUAAGCAGCCCAGAAUAUUACUUGCACCUAGAAGAUCCUCCAACUUGGCAACUUUGAAUCAAAGUCUGAGAGCAUCAAAUCUCGAGAGAAAGCUUGAAAGAGCUGGUGGGUUGAGCAAGUGGCUGAUAUCACUUGGUCUGGAGCAGUUUGUGAGAAUGUUUCAGGGGAAGAGUAUCAGUAAGUAUCAGCUCGUGAAUUUAACCAUGAAAAAACUCAAGGAUAUGGGUGCCAGUGCGGUGGGACCUCGCAGGAAGCUGAUCCACGCCAUGGACUGUGUCUGCCAGCCAUAUUGCUUUGAGGUGUUAUAGAAGUCUGUAGAGUAUUGAAAUUAUGUACACAAAACAUUCCACGACACGGUACAAAUGCAAAACAUAGUUUCGAUGAUCACGUGAUCAUGGCAUUUCAUGAUAAAAUGUUUUUUCUCCCCCUCCAGAAUCCUUUGAUAUUGGAAGAGAGCCAAAAUUGAAUUCAUAGUGAUUAAUUGAUUAUGUUCUCCUCUUUUCUUCAAAACCUUUCCUCUCCAAUCAAAUAAAUCAAACAAUAAUAUUAAAAUAUCUAUUUUCCUUUUCAUUUUCUCACAAUAAUGUUGAACUUAAUAUGUAUAAGUUGUAAGUGUAAAAAAUAUUUUACACAUGCAUUCUAUUAUGGUAUGGAAACACAAUCACUUUGUUGGUGAUGAAUUCUUCA